GAACGUUCACUUUUAUUUCUGUGAAUUUUUAUACAGUGAUAGGAAGUGAUCUAGAGAUUCUAGAUGUAUAGGAAUAAAUCACUUCAUACUUUUGUUAAAAGUUUCAUUUUGUUGUAGUAACCGUGGUAAAUAGGUUGAAAAAUAGUAACAGAGUCGUAUGAUGAGCAUCGGAGAAUGUGUUUUGUUGUCAAUUUCAAUUUUGACAUUUUUUCAACUAAAAGUAGCUAUUUCAACGCCACCACAAGAAAACUACGAUGAAUGGGCCAUAGAAGUUACAAAGGGGAUCGAGAACAAAAAGGAAGUUGUAAACACUAUAGCGAAGAAACUAGGCCUUGAAUUGGUUCGGUCGAUAUCGGAUGAGCACAUGCCAGAGUUCUUUCAUUUACGCGCGGAAAAAGACCUAUUAAAUCAGGAUGCAAUGACUGAGCUUUUAUUCGAUGAACCAGAGAUUGUGUAUGCCGAAUUUCAAGUUCAACAUGAAGUAGAAACUAAAAAGAUCGAUGAUUUGAAAGAUUUUCUGAACAUGAAAAAUAAAAAAUCGUACUAUCAUUCCUCAAAAUGUCAAUGUCACAAAAACUCUCCCGACCAAGAUCACGCCAUAUCAACAACGGUGUUUGAAACAAUGAAUAACAAAAAUAUAAACAUGAGUAUGCGGUACAGAUUCAACGAUUUUAGAUGGCCUUGCCAAUGGCAACUCUACAACUGCGGUCAAACAGGAGGCCCGAAUGAAUAUGAUUUGGAUAUUGCUGCGGUCUGGGAUAAAGGAAUCACGGGAAAGGGAAUGGUCGUUGCGAUUGUGGAUGACGGAGUUGAUUAUAAUAACAUUGACAUUGCACCGAAUUACGAUAAAAAUGCAAGUUUCGACUUCGUCGAAUAUCCAGACAGUGAUGGACCGUUGCCGUAUAGUGACAAACCACAUGGUACUUAUUGCGCGGGAGUUGUUGGAAUGGCAGCAAAUAACGGCUAUUGCGGUGUUGGUGUCGUACACGAUGCCAAAAUUGGCGGUCUUCGAAUGAUUGGGCACAAAAGCACUGAUGUGAGAGAAGCAGCAGCCCUCAUCUAUAAUGCAAAUUAUAUCGACGUAUCAUCGAAUUCAUGGGGCCCGUCGGACAAUGGGCACUUGUUCCGCAAACCACCAAGGCUUACAGCUACAUCUCUGCAGCGUGGAGCAGAACACGGGAGAAAUGGAAAAGGAAAUAUUUAUUUAUUUGCUUCCGGCAACGGUGGAUUAAGAAACGAUCAUUGUGGGGCUGAUGGCUUUUCUUGCAAUAUUUAUACAAUUUCUAUCGCCUCUAGCUCCCGGAAUGGUUUGAAUGCUAUUUAUAGUGAACAAUGCACAUGUAUUAUGGCAACACUCCCUUCUACUGACACACACUCCAAUCCAUUUGAUUAUGAUAUGAUGAUUACGACGAGUCUGCACAACGGGUGUGUAAAUAACUUCCGAGGCACUUCUUCUGUCACUCCUCUUGCUUCAUCAGUUGCUACAAUGGUACUUCAGGCGAACCCUGCCUUGACAUGGAGAGAUGUUCAGCAUUUGAUAGCUCACACUGCAUUAGUUGUUGAUCCUAACAAUGACAACUGGCAAAUUAAUGGAGCCGGCUUUCAUGUCCAUACCUAUUACGGAUUUGGUGCGCUGAAUGCCCUUCACAUAACAACAGCCGCCGAAACAUGGAUCAAUGUCGACAGACAGAGGUUGUGCAAACUUCAACAUCCGAAAUCUCACAGGGUUAUACCAAGUGGUGGAACAUUGACGAUCCAAGCACAGACAAAUGGGUGUCAGGAUACCGAAAAUCAAGUUUUAAAGUUGGAACAUGUUCAGGUUGUUAUAAGCUACGAUGUGAAGUGCAGAGGAGAUAUCAGCGUGCGAAUAAAAUCACCAUGCGGAACAAUAUCACAGUUAAUGAACACCAGAAGACUCGAUGAUAAAACCCUCUUAAUUGAUUGGCCAUAUAUGUCAGUAUUUCAUUGGGGAGAAGAUCCUAGAGGAACGUGGACUUUGGAGAUAACCGACAACAAAGGGACAGCUAGAUGUACUCGUUACCAAAAUGAAGAUAUGGCAGGGCAUAUGUGGAAGUAUGAAUUAUUAUUAUGGGGAGUCAAGGAGCAAACAAGAAGAAAUUUAUCCUCACCGGUUUGUGAUCGUAGACAAGUACGAGAUUAUAUGGAGAACAAAAAUCAACGAGAUAAACAUUUUCUGCAGCUUAUAAAAGCUGGAAAAGUGACAGACAAAAAGAUCAUUCGCCAAGAGUUUGUUGAAGAUUUCAGCGAAGUUAUUCAAACCAAAGAUGAAAAUUUAUUGCAACCGCGCCCGCCCGGACCACCAAAAAGUAAACCGUAUCAGACGCCUUUCCAACGUGUUGCCAUGAGUGUAUGGAGAAGAACUUUCCAUGGAACUGAAAGUAAAUCGUUGGCACUUGCAUCAUAUGCAGUUGAUGGCGUUCAGCCUCACAAAGAUCUCAUUCAACAAAAGCAUUUCGAAGUAGUGCGAAAUAAAAUAGCUGAUUCUUUAAUAGAUGCCGCCCAAGUACAAAAUGACGAUGGAGAACGGAUCAUAAGAGGCGACCUGCAUCACUAUGCUAAAGCGUUAAUCUCAGGGAGCAAGACAAACAAAUUGUCGCUACCUACAAAGGAGGCAGCACUCAUUUUUAAAAGACUCUCUCUGUUUUGGAAUUAAAAGUCACACAGAUCUUGGACAUGUUUAUAUAUAGUCGAAUUUUAGGAAAUUAUAGACUAUUUAUUUAUAUAUAGAAUAUAUACACAGUUUUAAAUAGAAAUUAGUGGUGUAUCAAAAUAUUCAAUUUGGAUUUCAUCUAAUCAUGUGUGUUCAUUUCUCUCUUGUUCGAAGAAUAAUUAAAAAUUUGCAGUCGAUCAUUAAAUGAGCAGCACUUUUAUAAUAUAUUCUGGCUCAUCACAAUUAUGUAUCUUUGUGUGCUGCAAUAAUAAUAGAAUUCAUCUGAAUUGAGUCGUGUUGAACAAUUUAAAACAAAAUUAUUAUCGUGGUCUUUAAGUCGACAAAGAAAUAAUGACUGCUGAAUAUAUUAAUUUCAAAAUUGUUAUUA